AGCACGCGAGUUUCUGAGCUCAAGUUACUUCCACUGCUGGAAAGAUUCAAGAUCCCACAAAGCUCCUUGCUAAGUCGAAAGGAUUCCCAGAAUUCCUUGAAUCUGUCCUCAGUUAUCAAAAACGGUUGCUCUUCCAUGGUAGCUAGCCACAUGGCUGCUGUAAAGUCUUCUACGGGCGUGUGCCUUACGAGAGCAAGUCAGCAUAACAAGCAGUUCGCCAAUUCGCGGUGUCAACAGGGACUUGCUGCUGCUCCGACUAGUGCCAAGGUUUCUUGGAGCAGUGCCGUCUCACAACCUCUUUCAAUCCAGCAGAAGAUCGGAACCAGACAAUUUGAAAUUCUGAAGAGGCCGGUGACUCCGCGAGCUAUUUCCGACUCGGAAACGUUCACUGAUUUCUGCCUUGAUCCCGAGCCGAACAAGAGUGUUCUCUCGGUCAUUCUUGGCGGUGGCGCAAGCGCGCGGCUUUACCCGUUGACCAAGGACCGAGCAACGCCUGCGGUGCCUCUGGCUGCGAAUUACAGGCUGAUCGACAUCCCCGUUAGCAACUGCCUCAACAGCGACAUCGAUCGGAUUUACGUUCUCACUCAGGUCAAUUCAGCGUCGCUCAACCGUCACUGCUUCACGGCGUACGCGCCGUGCUUAAACGGCUAUCAAAGCAAGGGCUUCGUGGAAGUGCUCGCGGCGCAGCAGAGCCCCGACAAUCCCAACUGGUUCCAGGGAACAGCAGAUGCGGUUCGUCAGUACAUAUGGCUGCUGGAGGACCACAACCCCCAGGAGUACCUGAUCCUGGCGGGCGACCAGCUGUACCGGUUCGACUACCGCAGGAUAAUCCAGUGCCACCGCAGGGCCGGCGCUGACAUCACCGUUGCAGCGAUUCCUGUCGACAGGGAGCGUGCGACGUCCUUCGGUCUGAUGAAGGUGGAUGACGACGGCCGUGUCAUUGAAUUCGCGGAGAAGCCUCAGGGAGCAGAGCUCGACAGGAUGAAGGUGGACACCACGAGUGUGGGUCUGGAUGACCGGGAGGCGGCGGAGCGGCCGUUCAUUGCGUCCAUGGGGAUCUACGUCAUCAGCAGGGACGCCCUGCCUCGCCUGCUGCUGGAGCAGUUCCCCGACGCCAACGAUUUCGGCAGGGAGGUCAUCCCUGCUGCUUGUGCAAACGGCUCCAAGGUGCAAGCGUACAUCUACGACGGGUACUGGGAGGACAUUGGGUCCAUCGAUGCCUUCUACCACGCCAACCUCAGGCUCACCAAGCCCAACCCUCCCUUCACGUUCUAUGACCGCUCUGCUCCCAUUUUCACUCAGUCGCGCUCUCUGCCGCCCUCCAAGCUGAAUGACGUGGACAUUGCUGGCAGCGUCAUUGGCGAAGGCUGCAUCCUGCAGGAAUGUGCCAUCCACGACUCUGUGGUUGGCCUUCGGUCAAUAGUCGGUGCCGGGUCGUCCAUUCACGACAGCUUGCUGCUGGGAGCGGACUACUAUGAGAAUGCGGAUGAGCUGGAGAAGAUACUUGCGUCUGGGCGGGUGCCCAUCGGCGUUGGGCAAAAUUCAGUCAUCAAGGGGGCUAUCCUGGACAAGAAUGCGCGGAUAGGGGACAACGUGCAUAUUAUCAACAAGGACGGUGUCCAAGAGUCCGCACAGGAGGAUGCUGGUUUCGUCAUCAACAAGGGCAUUGUAACUGUGUUGAGGAAUGCAACCAUCCCAUCUGGGACGAUCAUUUAGGUGAAACUGUUCUCCUAUUACAAGGUGUUUAGUGUUAAUGUACUUGUUUUGUCAGUGUUGUUAGUGGCUAUGUAUAGUCGAGUAAUUCGUGCAGCGUGCUGUAUGGAGUAUGGAGAAAGGUGGAUGGGGGCUUGUCUGAUGGACGUGGCACACGAGCGAAACACGAGGAACACUGUAGAGAGCUCUGGUUGGUGCUCUGUCGAAGUGAUUUUUAUCGUGCCAGACGGGCGCUCGCUAUUGGUUGGUUUGCAAACAU